UAAAAUUAAUGACAAAAACAAUCUUGAUAUUAACUCUUUGUGUUUUUUUGACAUCAGCUAAUCAAUAACUUUCCAAUUUUAUCAACAAUUUCCUAAAAAUUGAGGUAGGAGGCACAACUGAAACUGUCUUAGCCUCAUGUUUUACAGAUAAAAUUGGUUAUAAAGAUAAUGAUCUCUAUGCCGGAAUUUAUUAUGCAGAAUUAUCAAAAGAUUACAAAGCAAAGGAUUUUAGUGCCCUUGGAAACCUACCUUACAAAUACAAGCUUAGAAUAACAUAUAAUGGAAAAUCAAUUAUUGCAGAGAAAGGUGACGUAGGUGCAGGUGGUCCCUCCCAUCCUAAAAUUGAUAUCCAUGUUAAAGCCCUUCAAGCCCUAGGAUUAACAAAUUGUAAUAACUUUUUAACUAAUGUCUAAAUUGAAUUCAUAGGUUGAUAUGACAUCAU